AUGCCUAUAAUUGCCAUCCUAAUAUUUCAUUGGCCAUCAGCGAUUUUACGACUUGGAUAUGAGAGGCCAUUGCAAAAAGAAGAUUUAUAUAUUUUAGAUGAUAAAAGAUUGUCAAAGCAUUUGGCAGAAGAGUUUGCACUUGAGUGGAAAAAGGAAGUUGAAAAGGUUAAGAAAGGAAAGAAACCAUCAUUGAUAAAAGCUUUAAAUAGGAUGCUUGGGUUUAGGUUUUGGUGUGCAGGAGUCGCUAGAUUUUUUGGUGAUACUUUACAGGUCUUGUCGCCUUUGGUAAUCCAGGAAAUUUUGACAUUCUCGGUGAUCUCAUUCAAUGCUAGUGUUAAUAAUACAGAAGCACCUCCAAUAUCUGAUGGAUUCAUCCUCGCGACGAUAUUGUUUCUUAUGCAAAUGGGAUCAACUUUCCUCAGUAUUUGGUGCCUUUGGGGAACUGAUCAAACCGGUUUCAUGACGCGUACAAUUCUAAUUACUACCAUUUAUCGCAAAGCUAUGAUUCUCAGUUGUAAAGCUCGUAAUUCAUUUACAAUUGGCAAAAUUACAAAUCUAAUAUCAACUGAUACAACUAGACUUGACUUUUUUUGUUCCUAUUUUCAUUUAUUAUGGAGCUCCCCGCUUCAACUAUCAAUAGCGCUCGCAUUGUUGAUAUUUAACAUUGGCCCAUCUGCAUUAGCAGGUUUUAGUUUUUUAGUCAUUACUGGACCAUUGCAAGGGAGAGUAAUGUCGGCAUUGGCAUCCACACGUAGUAAAGCAAUAAAGGUUACCGAUGAACGUGUUAAGCGGAUCCAAGACAUUUUACAAGGAAUUCGA